AUGAUAGGGUCUUGGAUGAAGGACAACGUUUCAACGAAAUGGUCAGAAGGUUUGAGAUACAUUCAAUUCAUGAAAAACCGCGCCUACCAGUCAGGGAUAAAACAAUCACCAUACAAGGCAUUAUUUGGAAUAGAACCCAGAAAUGAAGAUGAUUUAAGGAAGGUAAUAGAAGAUGAUCGUAAUGUUAACCUAACAGAAGAUAGUGAUGAUAACGUUGUCGAAGUUAGUAAUCGAGAAAAAGUUUCUUCAUCUGAAAAUGACAUUCAUAAAGCUAGAACAACUGCAGCAGAAAAUCUUGUGAAACAGGCUAAGAAAAUGAAAGCUACUUCUGACAAGUCUCAUCCACCUUCCAACAUUGGAGAUAAUGUGACUAUACCGAUUCCAGAUGUUGACAAAGGCAAAGGUGAUCUCAGAAACAUUAUUGGAGUUAUUCUUCAGAAAAAUGACGAAGGUUUUUACAAAGUUGGCAUCAAACAUGGAGUACUUCGAAAACAAUAUGGCAGAUCAGAAUUCGGCAUUUGCAAUCAAACUUUUUUAGAGGUAGCAGAUGUAUAA